CUCUACUCAAAGCUAUAUACAAAGAAACCAAUAAAAGAACCUCACACACACUCUCACACUCACACAUACACACAUUAGUGCUUCUCUCUAUAGUAUUCCCUACCUUGCUACAUUCUAGGGAGAAAGAAAAAAAAAUGGCUUUUACUUCUUCACUCAAAACAACCCUAAGGAUCUGACACUCUUCAAUGUUCAUCAAUUCUUCCACCCCUUUUCAGUAUUAAUCUUUUUCAACUCUUUUCUUUCACAAAAUGUCUCCAAGUUUUGAUUUUUCCAACUGGGGUUGGGUUAAAAAUUCUUCAAAUUCAACUUCAACUUCAAAGAAAGGUGGUAACCCUGUUGUUGUUACUAUGGGAAAUCCAAAUUACUCAGUGCUUCAAAUAAAUGGUCCUGAUUCAGCAUUUCAACCAGUUGAGAAAGAUAGAACCAGAAAUGCUAAACAAUUCACAUGGGUUUUACUUCUCAAAGCUCAUAAAGCUAUUGGUUUCAUUGCUUGGUUUGGAAAUUGUGUUUGUUCAUUGUUAAGUUCUGUUAAAAAAAGAGUAUUUUUUGAUGCUGUGGAAAGUGAAAAUGAGAGUGAUAAAUCUAUGAAAGCAAAGUUGCUUUUUAGAGUGAUUGCUACAUUUUUGGUUAUGGCUUUAGCAUUUCUUUUGUUUGAACUUGUUGCUCAUUUCAAAGGGUUGUACUAUUUUCAUAAUCAUAAUUUGCACAUUCCACAAAAUUGGGAGAUUAAAGGGUUGUUUCAUGAGGUUUAUGUUAGUUGGUUGAGGUUUAGAGUUGAUUAUAUUGCAUCAACAAUUCAAUAUCUUUCAAAUUUCUGCAUAGUUUUGUUCUUGAUUCAGUCUGUGGAUAGAAUGGUUUUGUGUCUUGGUUGCUUUUGGAUCAAGUACAAAAAGAUUAAACCUUUGAUUGCUGAUGGAAAUGUUGAAGAUGAUUUGGAAGGUUCCAACCAUGGCUUUCCUCUGGUACUUGUUCAGAUUCCUAUGUGCAAUGAGAAAGAGGUAUAUGAACAAUCUAUAUCUGCAGUCUGUCAACUUGAUUGGCCAAAAGAUCGGUUGCUCGUUCAAGUUCUUGACGACUCUGAUGAUGAGAGCAUACAGUGGUUGAUCAAAGCAGAAGUCACGAAGUGGAGUCAGAAAGGUGUCAAUAUCAUCUACCGUCAUAGGAAGUAUAGAACUGGUUAUAAAGCAGGAAACCUCAAGUCUGCGAUGAACUGUGAUUAUGUGAAGGAUUAUGAGUUUGUUGCAAUUUUCGAUGCCGAUUUCCAACCGUGUCCUGAUUUCCUCAAGCAAACUGUUCCUCAUUUUAAGGGAAAUCCUGAGUUGGCAUUGGUUCAAGCUAGGUGGACUUUUGUGAACAAGGAAGAGAACUUACUCACAAGACUUCAAAAUAUUAAUUUGUGCUUCCACUUUGAAGUUGAACAACAAGUUAAUGGAAUCUUCCUUAACUUUUUUGGUUUUAAUGGAACUGCUGGUGUUUGGAGAAUAAAGGCACUUGAAGAAUCUGGUGGCUGGCUUGAGCGAACAACUGUCGAAGACAUGGAUAUAGCCGUCCGAGCCCAUCUCAAUGGUUGGAAGUUUAUCUAUCUCAAUGAUGUAAAGGUGCUUUGUGAGCUUCCUGAAUCAUAUGAAGCUUAUAAGAAACAACAACAUCGAUGGCAUUCCGGUCCGAUGCAACUCUUUCGUUUGUGCCUUCCAGCGAUCAUAACCUCUAAGAUUGCAUUCUGGAAGAAAACAAAUCUUAUUUUUCUAUUCUUUCUACUUAGAAAGCUCAUCCUCCCAUUCUAUUCUUUCACAUUAUUCUGCAUCAUUCUUCCAUUAACAAUGUUUGUUCCCGAAGCCGAGCUUCCUAUUUGGGUUAUAUGUUACAUUCCUGUAUUCAUGUCAUUCUUGAACAUUCUUCCCGCCCCGAAAUCCUUUCCCUUCCUCGUACCUUACCUAUUGUUUGAGAACACGAUGUCCGUGACCAAAUUCAACGCCAUGGUAUCCGGUUUGUUCCAGUUAGGAAGUUCAUACGAAUGGAUCGUUACCAAAAAAUCUGGCCGCGCAUCAGAGCCUGACCUAUUAGCUGCCGAAGAACGCGAUUCAAAGGCAAUGAGUCUCCAACUUCAUAGAGGGACUUCUGAUAGCGGUCUUUCUGAGCUUAACAAGAUAAAGGAAUUUCAAGAAAUUGUUCCACCGAAGAAAAUGAACAAGAUAUAUAAGAAAGAGCUUGCACUUGCAUUUUUGCUGCUAACGGCUGCAAUUAGGAGCCUGUUAUCGGCGCAAGGGAUGCAUUUCUACUACUUAUUAUUCCAAGGUGUGUCGUUCCUCCUUGUAGGUUUGGAUUUAAUUGGAGAACAAAUGAGCUAGCAGGUCGGAAUGAAAAGGACGUGUAAAUUAGAAAAUUGAUGGUUAUACAGAUAAAUAAUUGAAGAGGACGACCGAUAUAGAUUGCUGCUAGACAGUCUGUUUUGGCAGUUAUAUUCAAUGUUCCUGAAAAUGGCUCGGGUAAAAUGCUAAAAGCCGCCGCGUGUCAAAUCAUAGAUAAGUUUGUGAAGUGUCUUUAUAGAAACUUUUCUGUUUUCUUGUCCUUUGAUUGUUGUCCACAGUACAAUAAUUUUAUUUUUUUUCCCUUGUAAGAUAAACUGAUUCAUUUUAUCAUUUAUCUAUGCCACACUACUGUAUCACAUUUGGUUCAUUUGUAUCUUUCGAAUGACAUGUAAAGAUUCAUUGCAACUUAGAUUCUCUGCAGUUAAGAUA